AUGGGGGUGAAGUUCUGCCUCAUUCUCCUCCUCCUCGCCGCCGCGGUGGUGCCUCACUCCGCCGGCUACAUCGACGACGGCAUCCACGGCCUGGGGAGGUUCCACAACGACGACGCCGUUUUCUCCCCCAUCGGCGACUUGUUCGGAGAAACGAGCCCGCGAAAUCUGAUCGGCCGUAGUAUGCUUAAGAAGGGGAAGUAUCUGAGCUACGCGGCGCUGAAGAAGAACAUCAUCCCUUGCGGCGGCAGGGGAAUGUCUUAUUACGAUUGCACCAAGCGCAAGAGAGCCAAUCCUUACAGGCGCUCAUGCCUCGCCAUCCAUGGCUGCGCUCGAUUCACCGAUUAA